AUGGCCGCUCGUGGAGCAUGCGCGGCUCUUGUCAUGAUCUUCUUGCUUUUUGUUCUAAUAUCGCACACAUCGAACAAGUCAAUAUCCAGCGAUAGUGUCGUGGAAACGAGAGAACGAAUGAGCAAUGGUCUGGAUGAAGAGGGACAGGGUGAUGCGCCAGUGGAGAACAAUAAAAACGCCGGAAUCUCGGAUGACACGGUCUCCUCAUUAUUGGAACGGAUCAAAGUGCUAGAGGACGAACUAUCAUCAAUGCGAACGAGAAUGGACGAUGCGGAGAAUCGAGAAGGCAAUAAUGGGAUUCCGGAUGAGAUGGCCGUGCCGUUGCCGACGACAAAAUCGUUCCCAUCGGUCCGCUACCGUAACGAGGAGACCCGAAAACGAGUCCUUAUCACUGGCGGCGCCGGAUUCGUUGGAUCUCAUUUAGUGGAUAAAUUAAUGCUAGAUGGACAUGAAAUCAUCGCUUUGGAUAAUUAUUUUACGGGUCGGAAGAAGAAUAUUGAGCACUGGAUUGGCCAUCCGAACUUCGAGAUGGUCCAUCACGACGUCGUGAAUCCAUAUUUCGUAGAAGUUGAUCAAAUUUAUCAUCUCGCGUCACCUGCGUCUCCACCACAUUAUAUGUAUAAUCCGGUGAAAACUAUCAAAACCAACACUUUGGGAACAAUUAAUAUGUUGGGAUUGGCAAAACGCGUAAAAGCUACCGUACUCCUUGCGUCCACCUCCGAAGUCUACGGUGAUCCAGAAGUCCAUCCACAACCAGAAACCUAUUGGGGACAUGUCAACACUAUUGGACCACGGGCAUGCUAUGAUGAGGGGAAGAGAGUAGCCGAAUCUCUGAUGGUUGCCUAUAACAAACAGGAAAAUGUCAAAAUUCGAAUUGCAAGAAUUUUCAAUACAUUUGGACCGCGGAUGCAUAUGAAUGAUGGGCGGGUUGUGUCGAAUUUUAUCAUUCAGGUGCUACAGGAUAAGCCGAUUACGAUCUAUGGAAACGGUACCCAAACCAGGUCAUUCCAAUACGUUACGGAUCUCGUGGAUGGUCUUAUCGCCCUCAUGAAUAGUAAUUACUCCCUUCCCGUGAAUAUUGGAAAUCCCGAGGAACACACAAUUGGAGAAUUCGCCACUAUCAUCCGGGACCUGGUUCCUGGAUCGACUAGUGAAAUUGUGAAUCAAGAAUCCCAACAGGAUGAUCCACAACAACGACGUCCAGACAUCCGGAGAGCAGCGGAACAGAUUCAAUGGAGACCACAAGUACUGAUGAAGGAUGGUCUUUUGAAGACGAUUGAGUAUUUUCGAGCAGAAAUUGAUCGGAAUAAGCGGGGAGGAAAACCACCGCCAGAGCCAGUGCGGCAUGGUGGUCUCGAGAGUCGGCGAUAG